AUGGUGGUACGCAGAAGUAUUGAGCAGUCAAAUGCUUGGCUCAAACCUGUCGAGGACGAUGAAGAUGAGGGCUUUCUCACUGUGGCCGAAGAUGCCGAAGCCAAAGGAAUUCUCGAUGAUGGCAACAGAUCGACGCUCAACUUGACGACUACUGAGCUUCCUGUGUAUAUGAACAUUCACCGAGUCCGGCGUUUAGUUCUUGCGAGUAUUGAUGAUCCUUAUACUAUGGAGCACUUCAGAGAUCCCAAGAUGAACGCUCUAGUUGUGAGGCCUCUGGUCGAAAGGCUUUAUAACCCAGAUGAUAUCUCAGUCGUUUAUUGCUUGUUAGCGAACCGUGUAUCCUUCCUAAGAGAGCAGUCUAAGGAGGUUCAUCAGAGUGUCAAUCAGGCGCGUGCAAUCCUAUGUGAGCUGCUCGCCAGUCGGGUCCUGCGCCGCUUCCACGAGGACAAUCCAGGACCGCGGGGUCUUUUGCUGCUCUCACAUAUCCUCGUUGAGGGCUUCGACCCAUUCCAAGGAGCCCCUAGUCACAUGGAACGUCCAGCUAACCGACCCCAAUGGCCUGGAUCUAGCGAUGCUUCUGGCUCUGAGAGAAAGGUCACAGCUCUCGAGUUGGCAAUUGUCUCGGAAAGCAAGUUCUUCAUCAGCUCUGCAGCCUGUCAACGAGCUGUCGAUGCAGUUCAUAACGGUCAAAUCAUUUACACGCCCCUUUCAUUUAUGGAUUUCCUUCCGGAUCACUAUAAACGACGACCUAUCUCUCUUUAUGACCCCCGGACAGCACCUCUCCUCAACCACCACCGUCUUAUUGUUCCUCGCAACCGAAAUCUCAUCGAACUCGUUCACUUUGUCAUCUUACUGGUGCUCUACGUCAUGACCAUGAUUUCUCGCCAUUCUGAGGUCAAUAUGUGGGAGUUCGCCUUUUGUAUUUACACCUUCGGUUGGCUUCUCGAAAAGAUGGCUGCUAUUAUCGAGCAUGGCUGGGCAGUUCACGCACAGAAUCUAUGGGCAUUUCUUGACAUCACUUUUGCUUCCAUCUUUGGCGCCUAUUUCAUUCUCCGCAUCUACGACUUUCUCCUCGAUCAGCUUCAUUCUGGCUAUGGACUACCGAUUCUUUGUAUUGCAGCACCUGUCAUGUUGACCCGGGUUGCUUUCAACCUACUGCCGAACAACCUUGUCUUUAUCUCUGUUCACGCCAUGAUGAAGGACUUUACUGUACUGACGUUCCUUGCCACAUGGUGCUUUACCGGCUUUCUGCUCGCUCUGCAGUGGCUUGUUAGUGCUAGCAACGAUGGUGAUGAGGAGUUCAGCUGGUACGUUGUGGGCAAAUGGAUGCUCUGGAUUUGGUUCGGUCUAGAUGGUGAGGGUAUUGAGGAGUCGGUGCGCUUCCAUAUCGUCCUUGGUCCCGCGUUGAUGAUUGCCUUUGCGUUCCUGGGCAACACGCUCUUUCUGACCAUUCUCAUUGCCAUGCUCACGAACACAUUCUCCAAGAUUGUGGCCGACGAAACGGCCGAGAUUCAGUUCCGACGCGCUGUUUUGACUUUUGAGGGCGUCAAGAGUGAUUCUAUCUUUGCCUACCCCCCUCCCUUCAACAUUUUGGCUCUGAUGGUGCUCCUACCCCUGAAGCUUGUCACCACCGCUCGAAUCUUCCACAUUGUCAAUGUGGCCCUUAUUCGAACUCUCAACAUGCCAACUCUCCUGCUCAUUAGCUUUGUGGAGCGGCGCCGUCUUUGGAUGCAGUCCAGACGUGCUUCUGGCAAGCGAUCCAAGUGGCAGUUCACAUCUCUGUCACCGCAUAAUGAUGUCCAGGCAGUCUUCAAGUCGAUUCCGCCAACUGAGAUUUCUGACAUCAUCGAUCAACUCGACCCGUUGGGUGAAGUCCCAAUUCUUGAGGACGAUCUGAUGCCUACGAUGGCAGGUGACAAUCCUCAGUCGAAGCUGAGAAGAUGGAGAAUGUUGCAACGAGAAGGGCAUCGCCGAACAGAUGAUACGGAUGCGUGGAGUAGCUCAAGCAGCAUAAAAAACGAGUAG